AUGGGAGACGUCGCCGUGGAGAACCCGGCGAACAACGUCACGCCGCUUGCUAAGCCAGGCGCGCUCGACGCCCUCGCUAACUUGGAUUCCCUCGAUGGCACAGGUGCUGAUGGAAACGACGAAUAUGCUACCCUAAAGCGCCUACAGAGACAUCUAGAGUACAUCCAACUCCAGGAAGAAUACAUCAAGGAUGAGCAGAGGAGCUUGAAGAGGGAGCUGGUUCGGGCACAAGAGGAGAUCAAGCGGAUACAGAGUGUGCCGCUGGUCAUCGGACAAUUUAUGGAGGCUAUCGAUCAGAACACUGGUAUUGUGCAAAGCUCGACCGGUUCUAAUUACGUCGUCCGUAUCCUGUCCACUCUCGACCGCGAGAAGCUGAAGCCCUCAUCUUCGGUCGCCCUCCACCGUCACUCCAAUGCCCUUGUCGAUAUUCUCCCUCCCGAAGCCGACUCAUCUAUUGCCAUGCUAGGUGAGAAUGAGAAGCCGGAUGUUACGUACGCAGAUGUCGGUGGUCUGGAUAUGCAGAAGCAGGAAAUCCGAGAGGCUGUCGAGCUGCCUUUGACGCAUUUCGACCUCUACAAGCAGAUUGGUAUCGAUCCUCCCCGUGGUGUCUUGCUGUAUGGUCCUCCUGGAACCGGAAAGACCAUGCUGGUUAAGGCCGUGGCCAACAGCACAACUGCCAGCUUCAUCCGUGUCAACGGAUCAGAGUUCGUACAGAAGUAUCUUGGUGAGGGUCCUCGUAUGGUGCGUGACGUUUUCCGCAUGGCGCGUGAAAACUCACCUGCUAUUAUCUUCAUCGAUGAGAUCGACGCUAUCGCCACCAAGCGUUUCGAUGCCCAGACCGGUGCCGAUCGUGAAGUCCAGCGUAUUCUUCUGGAAUUACUGAACCAGAUGGAUGGUUUUGAACAAUCAAGCAAUGUCAAGGUCAUCAUGGCCACCAACCGAGCUGAUACUCUGGACCCUGCUCUGCUGCGUCCUGGUCGUCUGGACCGAAAGAUCGAGUUCCCCAACCUGCGAGACCGACGUGAGCGUCGCUUGAUUUUCACCACCAUCGCAUCGAAGAUGUCGCUUUCUCCCGAAGUUGACCUCGACGCCUUGAUCGUGCGCAACGACCCUCUGUCCGGUGCCGUUAUUGCUGCUAUCAUGCAGGAAGCUGGUCUGCGGGCUGUUCGCAAGAACCGCUACAACAUUAUCCAGUCCGACCUUGAGGACGCUUAUGCCGUCCAGGUCAAGAAUGGACAAGAUGAUGACCGUCCUGACUUCUAUCGCUAA